UUCCGUUUCGUUACCCCAGCAACACGUCGUGUUAAAUCAAUUGAGUAACCCACAAAAUCUCUCAUACAAAAACACAGGCAAAUUCCCAUACAUAACCAAAGGACCUGGCAUACCAACGACGACGACGACAGGUAAUUCACAAACCAAGUCUGACUCCUUAAGGCUAUCGAGAUGAUUGCCAAGAGCAGCGAUGGGUCACAGCACCGCGGACGAAAGGUGCGGAACAGUGUGGUCAUGUCCAAAUCGCUUCUCAAAGGACAAGCGCCAGGUGGUGGCCGAUGAUUCGGAUACCACCGAGGUGGAGUCCGACACGGAUGAGGAGGACCGCUGGAAGGAGGUGGCACGAGCCGCUGAAAUUCCGGCAGACUAUUACAACAUCCAGAAGCUGGUGAAGUACAUCAAGGCGGGCAAUCAGACAGCCACUAUAGUAUCGCUGUGCUGCUUGAAGGACUACGAUCUGAGCACUCAGAUCAAUCAGUUCGCCAUCUCGGACAUCGGUGGACUCGAUGUCCUGGUCAAUAUACUGGAGUGCAGCGACACCAAGUGCUGUUUGGGCGCCCUCACGGUCCUCUCCGACAUCACCCUGAACAUUGAUAUACGAAAGACUAUAGUGGAUCUCGAUGGGAUUCCAUUGAUAGUGGACAUUCUGAACUCUUCGAUGAAGGAUCUAAAGACCAUGGCUGCUGAAACACUGGCAAAUGUGUGCAAGGUGAGAUUGGCGAGGAAAUAUGUACGCACCUGUGGGGAUCCCAAGCUAGUGGACCUCAUCGACAUUAAAUUGAGCAUUCUGAAGACCCCGCGUGAUCAAUUGAAUGCCGAUGAUCUAGAGUCCCUGGACAUGACCCGAGCUGGUGCCCGGGCCCUGUUCACUUUGGCCGAUUCCAAGCACAACAUGGAGCAGAUGAGAAAGAGUGGUAUUGUCCCACUAAUGGCCCAGCUCCUUAAAUCCUGUCACAUUGAUGUUGUUAUCCCCAUAAUGGGUACAGUGAGAAAGUGCUCCUCGGAACCGAAAUUCCAGUUGGCCAUCACCACAGAGGGCAUGAUCCCCGAUAUUGUCACCCAUUUGGGUUCGGAGAAUACAGAACUCAAGAUGGAGGGCAGUACGGCGAUCUACAAGUGUGCCUUCGAUGCCAACACCAGGGAAUUGGUGAGGGAAGCUGGUGGAUUGGAACCCCUGGUGACGAUCAUAAAGGAUAAGAACAUGAGGGACAAUAAGCCCCUCUUGAGGGGAGCCACUGGUGCCAUUUGGAUGUCUGCUGUGACCGAUGCCAAUGUCAAGGUCUUGGAUCAAUUGAGGACGGUCAAUCAUUUGGUAGCCUUGCUGAAUGAUGAAUGCGAUGAGGUGCUGACCAAUGUAACAGGAGCCUUGUCCGAAUGCGUGAGGUUCCAGAGCAACCGGGAGCAGCUGCGACAGGCCGGAGGAUUGCCAUCCAUGGUGGCCCUGCUCAACAGUUCCCAUGCUCCGCUCUUGGAGAAUUUGGCCAAGGCCUUGAAGGAAUGCGCCGAGGAUCCGCAGAGCAUGAGAAUUCUAGAAGAUCUCGAUGCAGUUCGACUUAUUUUCCUUUUGAAGAACACCAGCACCAGGGUUCAAGCACAUGCCGCCUAUGCCAUAUGUCCCUGUGUCAGGAAUGCCACUGAUUCCGCUGAACUGGUGAGGAGUCUAGUUGGAGCCAUGGAACUGGUGGUGGGUUUGCUAAAGUCCAAGGAUAUCAUGGUUCUCUCAGCCGUGUGUGCAGCCAUAGCCACAAUUGCCCAGGAUCACACUAAUCUGGCAAUUCUGAGCGAUCUCCGAGUGAUCUACAAACUGGCAGACCUUGUCCAGACCACGGAUGAUCUGCUGCGAAUGAAUCUGGCAGCUGCUGUUGCCGCCUGUGCCAGCUUUGGCAAUAAUACCGAGGAGCUGGGACGCCUGCGCACUGUGACCCCCAUAGUCACCUACAUGACCAGCGAUAAUCCUUUGGUGCAUCGCAGCACGGCCAUGGCCCUGGAGAAACUAUCGAUGGAUCCGCAGAACUGCAUUACCAUGCACCAGAGUGGUGUGGUUCCCUUCCUGCUGGAGUGCAUUGGCUCCACCAAUAAGGAGCUCCAGUUGGCCGCCGCCGGCUGCCUGCGGAACAUCCGAGAGCGCCUGCGUGCCGAAGAGUAUCUGCUUAAAAUUGACGAUGAUUAGAUGGAAAUGUAGCCCUGGAUGCUCCAUUUUCCGAUUGUUUAUGUUAUAUAGUUAAUGUUCGCGCAAA